UGAUUGAACAUUGACAGACGACUAGGCAGCAUGGUCUCAUGAUCUUAGCCUGUCCUAAUGAAAAAAUAUUGAAAACAAAUGUCAAACAAUUGAGAUUGGGACAAGGACUAAGAAUUAUUUCAGAAUCCAGAUAGUUAAUCAGUUUAAUUAGCGAUGAAUCAAAUGAACAUGCACGGUAAUGUGCCAGUAAACCCCCCUGUGGGUGCAGCACCCAACGUGGGUAUGCACAUACCGUCGGCUGGCACGGUGAUGCAGCAACCGUCUCCGCAGCAGAUGCAGCCGGGACCCGGUCCGGGAGGGCCGGGGCCGGGGCCUGCCAUGCCGCAACAGCCCCAGCAAGACAAGAUGGACAACAUCUCCAAAGUGAAGACAUUAAUGGGGUCCCUAAGAGAAGCAAUACCGACUACUCUGAAGUCAGCUGCUCAAAUUCUACAUCAAAAUCACACUACUGACUCAAAUUCUCAAAAGGGUGUCACAGAUACUCCUGUGUUGAGAUUUGACAAAAACCUAGAGGAAUUAUAUUCCCUGUGUGAUCAAAUGGAACUUCAUUUGCGUACAGCAGUGACAUGCAUCCAGCAAGCACAGUCUGCAUCACAUUAUCUUCCACUGACUGUGAUUCCUUCGAGACUUGACUCUGGAAGCACUCAGGAGACGACACUGAGCUACCCUGCUUACCUGAACACGGUGCGGUUGCAAAUCUCAUAUGCGAAGGACAUCCACGAUUUGCUGGUGGCCGCUGCACAGAACAUCGCGCCAACUGAAUGACGCGACGCUACGCCUGCCAGCGAGGACGAAUGACCCGACGCCGAAGAACUCGAACAGUAAGCGGUUGAAAGAGACAUUUAAAGUGAGAAUCUAUCAUGAAGUGAACUUAUCUGGAAAGUAGGAGUAAGAAUGUGUCAACAACUGAUUCGAGGCUUCUAAAUUUAAAAUAUGCUAUGCUUGUAUUUUUUUUUUCAUGGCUAGAUGGUCCUUGAGUUGGUUUCAUAUUUUUACAGAUUGUAGUCCUAAGUUGGGAUAAUUAUAAUAAAUAAAUAUUAAUACAAGUUGGAUGUUAAGUAAACUGUAUACAACAUAACAUAUACUUGUUUAACUGUAUAUAAUACGUAAAUAAACCAUACCAGCUUAUUUGAUUCAAACAGGCAUUUUAUAUUACUCAUUACAUUAUUUGCCAACUGUAAAUUGAAAUUAUUACUCAUAAUAUACCAUUAAUGUACCUAUGUAGGUAGUUAUUAAAUCUUUUUCUUUGGCAGAAAUGGCAGUUUGGCACCUUCCCUAUUAUAAGAUUGCAAAACACAUACUCUUACAUAAUAUUAUAACUUCGUAUAAUGAAUAAUUUUUAUGUGAACAAUAUACUACUGAGACUA